CUGCUCCCCUCCCAUUUACUGUACAAGCUGCUUAUGUCAUAGAGAGGUCGCUGUUGUCACUGGAUGCUUCAAAACAUUUGACUUCUGAGCAAGGACGUAUAGGAGCGUAAGUGUGAUCUAAAAUUACAUUUCUGGGGAAAAAAGCCUGUGGGUAAAUACAUAUUAGGAAAGCUAAGGCCACAUUCAUUGCACAUGUUUCUAAACAUUAUAAAUGCUUGGUGGGAGGUGGGCAAUGCCUAGUUUCUUCUAGUUCUGAAUGGGUUAAAUCAAGGUCAAUGUUUACGCAUAUAAGCAGGCAGUAGGUAUAGCAGCAGCUAACAAGACCGCAGAGAAUGAAGGGGUUAAUUGCAUGUGGUUUUCUUGGAAAACGACUCACUGUGAACCGCUUUAUGCAGCUGAGCUGGUUUCUCAAUGAAAGGAUUAAACUGCAGAUUAAAGAAAUUCUAACCAACUGCACCCUCAGUGCAAAGGUUGACCCUUUUAACCUGUGGCACUUUAAUGGCAUUGAAAGGGUUAAAGGUGUGGCUGUUUUGGGGUACUGUAUAAAAGACUGUGCAUGCCACCAUCUGCUGCGCUGUGUAGUUUUAACCCUCUGAGUGCUGGAAUAGUGAGGCCAUGUUAAACACUUGCAGAGCAGUUAGAGAAUUUAUUUUAUUUUUAUUUAUUUUUUAACAUGGCUUUCCCAAAUAUAUUUUUUUGCUUCAGGGCACUUUUAAUGCAGUAACUAAAACAGGAGCGGUUUUGGCAGCUUAGUCAUAUUAUUCAAACUGAAAGGGAAGAGGAAAAAAAAAAACCCCACCCGAACCGCUUGGCAUGUGAUACAUACUACUGCAGAUCAGAGAUAUGAGAAAACAUUUACCAAGAAACUAACCUUACAUUUUUUGUUCUACAUUACCUAAACCGACUGUUAGAACGAAAGAUUUUUACUUUUUUGUUUAGCAAAAUUUAUCUUGUGAUUUUGUUUUGUUUCCUAAAUACAUAAUUCUCAUUACACUAGAUACACGUUGAAACAAUGUUAUUACAUAUGAAAUACACCCUAUGAGAAAUGGGAAAAAAAUGUUAAUGGUUGCCAUGGAAACAGAAAAUAUGCGCAGUUGUGAUAAGAAUGUAGCUGAAAUGCAGACUUUGCUGCAAACCCUAACCGUCAAAUCUUGGAAUCGAUUUUAGUAGAUUUCCUUAUAUGACCUCCAAUUCUAUAUUAAGAGAAAUGACAUUCCGAUUUAGUUAUACGUUGCAUUAAAGCUUUGUUAGCCAACAUUCUUAACAUAUACAGCGAUACCCGAUAUUGAUGAGCUGUUUAGGAGCCUUAAAGAACAUAGAGGAAGUACUAUAUGCUGUGAGCAGGACUAUUUUAGCAGAUCUUAUUUCAAGGAAAACAGACAGGCCGAAUGGAAAGUUUGUGUAAAAAUGUCUGGGCAUUGGUUCAAAUCUCUGAAAGAGACGUAUUUUAGAGUUCUGGAAAAUGUGAGGAAGCGGCCUGUGAGUAAGAAUAUUGGAUAAUAAAAGGAAAUGUGAAUUUGAAGACAUAAGGCUCUGCGAGCAAAGUGGAUUUUCACAGCCUUGCUUAGCUAUAAUGCUAUUUCAUUUUACCCCUAUAUAUUACCAUAGCAACACAAUCUGGAAUAAAGCAGCGAUGGGCCUCGGCACAGCUCGCAGUCAGCUGUGGAGGUCAGGAUAUGGAUAUACCAGGGAAAGCACAGAUUUUGUCAAACUGGUAUCAAAUGGUUUGAUGCAGGGUGGUGCUCAUACACCACCAUAAUCAUUAUACUUGGGUUUGAGACAUUAUAGCAGUCACCUGUAUUAGAUUUCACCAAACUUCCAAAUUCAUCUUCAAAAUGUUCUCCUCUUCUUUUUAGACAAUGACUCAAGAAAUUCCAUUCAACAUAAACAUCAAAGAGCCACGAUGGGACCAGGGCAGUUUCGAAGGGAGAGCUAAACAUUUCUUCAUGGUCACAGAUCCAAGGAAUAUUUUACUCGGACCUAAAGUGCUAGAGGAAGCAAAGACCAUCGUACAAAAUUACAGGUCUAUAAAGCAGCAUUUCAUUGACUUGUGCCAGUCUACUAUUUACUCUACUCCUGGUCAUCUGACACCUCUGAAUGGAAAGCGUCUCCCAGCGGGUUGUAAUGGAAAUCCCUUCCCCCAACUUAAAUAUUUUAGUCUAAGUUUUAAAAGUCAGUUCUCAAGUCAGCACAGUUUCCCGUUUAGGUACUCAGUAGCUUGCCCUUCGGUAAAUCCACGCUCAGCUCUCAAAAAUGGUUUUGUUCACUCGUGCCAUUAGAGAGAAAACCUAUAACAUUUGCACAUCAGACUGAUCCCAUUGGCACAAGUGAGAAGAAACAUUUUUGAGACCUGAGUGGGGACUAACCGAAGGGCAAGCUACCAAGUUUCUCUAAGCUUUUUCUCAUUCUCAGAGCUCUCGUAUUCUCCGUUUUUGUUUCACAAAUAAAUGUAGGCCUAAAAUAACUAUAGGCUUCAAAUAAAAUGUUGCAUUUACUUUGCAGUGAAGAAAAAAAUAUGUAAGAUCAAUUCAAACACUGCAGAUAAGAAUAGGAAUAGCUGCUAACUCUUCUUACAAAGUUUAAAAAUCACCAGCAUAAAUUCUCAAUUUCUAUUGUGUUUGUUAAAUAAAACCUAUAAGCAUAUAAAAAUAUGGCAGAUUUGAACAUGCUGAUUAGAACACACCGAGUACCAUAUUUGGUACCAGACCUGCAAAAGCAAUAGAUGGGAGCUAUGUAUAAGUGGUAGUGUUUUACUUAUAGGCUUUGCAUGCUAGGUUAAGUAGACUUGUGGAUGGGGGCAAAGUUUGACUCGGCCGUACCACGGUAUGUUUGCCAACGAGCGUUGUGGCGGGGUGGUGGCCUCUCGGUGAGGAUUAAAGAGAUUCAAAAUAAGUUGGCCGUGACAGGUGUGGCCCUAACUGCUUUUGCCAAGAGGGCAGAAAUGCGAGGCAGUAACUAUGAUUUGGCCAGAGGGGUGAAUACCUCCGUAGUUGAGGAUGGGAGUUGGCCUUGCAGGACCGCUAAAUAAGCACAACAAGCAGAAAACUACCCAUGGCCACUAAGAGUACCUGAACAUCCAGACCAAGCUAAAGAUAAGUUCGGUAGAGCGAGCCAGUCACUUACGUGGUGACUUGAAAAACGUAAAUGCAAAACAAUAAAUGUGGCAUGAUUAGACAUACACCUGGCAAAUACAUUUUACAUUAAAAUAUAUAUAUUUUUUUUUUACAGCCCCCAUUAAUCAUUUAAUGACUGUCCCAAGCCAUAAAUUCUUUAUUUUUUGGUACCUUGGACAGAAUUCAGAAUAAUAAAUCAAAACAAACAUGUUCUUUUGGGGUUCAUUUGAUUCAUGAUUCCGGUACAUUUUGUAUUUAAGGAAUUUGGCCCAGAAUCGGACCAAAUGCAGAUGGAACCAAAACUAAUCUCUAGUCUAGAUUAAAGCAACACUCCCAAAAACGGCCCAAAAACAUUAUCAAAAACAGCAUUCUGUUAUUGGAUAACAUACAGUAUUAAUUUAUAAGCAAUUUUAAAAUGUAUCGAACAAAUGUAAUAAACUUGUUAUUGUGUUACCAGAAUGGGAAUACCGACACCAGGACUGACUGAAGAUCAACUGUGGCGUGCAAAAUAUAUCUACGAUUCUGCCUUCCACCCAGAUACAGGAGAAAAAAUGGUGCUGAUCGGACGAAUGUCUGCGCAAGUGCCCAUGAACAUGACCAUCACUGGCUGCAUGCUGACAUUUUACAGGCAUGUGUCGAACGCAAGGAUUAAUAUGCAGGUUUUAAAAUAAAACCAUAUGUAAACAAAGCACUGUUAAAACUGCAAAGGGACCCUAGGUAAUGGAACAAUUUAUGUUCAAGUCUCCCAGUCCAUGUCUCCCGAUAAAUAGUUAUAAUUGCUGCAGCGUGAAAAGUUGCUGCAUCUAAAAUAUGCCACUUCUCUCUCUCUGCCUGGACUAAUAAGAAGAGCUGUAUGGCUGCCUUAAGCUUAUCCUGCAGUACCACUCCUCCUAUGUGAUAUAUGGAACUGCUAUCAAGAUUGCUGGUUGCCUGUCCAAGUACAUGCAAAAGUGCAUAUCAUUUUAAUGCCAUAUGUAUUUUAUGUACACACACACCACCCCCAUUUGAUGUUGCCAAUGUAUAGGUGCAUAAUAUGGAAAUUAGAUAAGAGGAAAAAAAAAUCCAAGUAUCUAAAACUCACAGAUAAAUUAUCUCAACAACACAACAGCUGGCCGGACUGAGGAGGCCGUAGAAUGAGGCCAUUGUGGUCAAGAUGUAAAACGUUGGUAUUUUAUGUGUGAGGAUUUUUUUGUUUGUUUUUCAUGAUGUGAGUUUCUCACUCAAAACAUGAACAUUUUAUAAUUUUUAUAAUCUCAAAAAUGAAAAAUAUUAAAUAAAGCAUAAAUUAUUCAUGAAGUUCUUUAACCCCUUAAGGACACAUGAUUUCCUUUUAUUCCAGAAGUUUGGUCCUUAAGGGGUUAAAAGAAAAACAAACUGUGCAACCUUUUAAAGAAUGUUAAUAUAACACAUACAUUUGUUUUAUAUUUUUUUCUUAGCGGUCAGAUCUCUAGAAGCCGAGAUUUAGUCCUGGUGAUUAUUUCUAAAUCUGAUUACAGAAGACAGUACAUGCAUAAUUUAAUUUUCAUAGAAAUAUAUUUCUAUGCUGCGCUUUUAUCAAUCUAAGUCAUGUUCAACAAUCACAGGAUUGAUGUGAUUUAAAGUAUCAAACACCAGAUAAACUAGAUUUAAUUUUCUCUUUUUUUAAAUCAAGGAAGUGCACAGGAAAGGACAAAACUCUGCACAGGAUUCAAAAAACAGGAUCCCAAUAAUGGCAAUUUGGAACUUUGGACAUUUGUAAGCAUCCGAAUUGCAUGAAACAAAUUGCACAUAGUUGUGGUGGCAGUCCGGGCACUGGGAGGCCUAUAGAUGUGUAAGUGGUUGUGGUGGCAAUCCUGGCACUGGGAGCUCUACAGAUGUGUAAGUGGUUGUGGUGGCGGUCCGGGCACUGUACAUCUGUAAGUCUCCCAGUGCCAGGAUUGCCACCACAGCCACUUACACAUCUAUAGGGCUCCCAGUGCCGGCCUACCACCACAACUACUUACACAUCUAUAGGGCUCCCAGAGCCUGGACUGCCACCACAACCACUUACAUAUCUAUAGGGCUCCCGAUGCCCGGACUGCCACCACAACCACUUACACAUCUAUAGGGCUCCCAGUGCUAGGAGCUUAUUGGUCAAAUUUCCUGUCAUCAUUCACGUAAUUUUUCCUCCCUCUCUUGUUUUGCCACUUUUCAGAAAUCCGAAGCACUUCGUCAAUUCAGACUUAAGUCAUUCCGUUUGGUUCGGCACUUCCGAACUUCGGGCAUUCGUAAGCAUCCAAACGUCCGAAUGUACAUUCGGAACAAAACGAAUUGCACAUGUCUAUUCUUAAGGAUGGCUUUAACACAUCCUGCACUACAGUAAAGCUGUUAAAGAGAUCUACCCACAAAUCCUCUAAUGCAGGGUGGCAAGAGGCAACUCUCCACGAGUUACUGAACUACAAUCCCCAUGUUGCUUUGCCAGUCUGAUGGCUGGCAAGAGAUAUUGGAAGUUGUAUUUUCUUAACAGAUGGAAGGCUAUCUAUAACCCCUGUUCUAAUAAACUGGGUACGCUCCUUGUAUUGCAUUCUAACCAGGAUUUAAAGAAGUACAGCAAUGAGUGUACAAACGUAGGUGGUCAUUUAUAAGUCAUUUCAUAAUGCAUCCAGCAUAGUUUCACAUUUUGCAUUAACUGUUUGUCUACAGAACUACUCCGGCUGUGCUGUUUUGGCAGUGGAUUAAUCAGUCUUUUAACGCCAUUGUAAACUAUACCAAUAGAAGUGGAGAUGCACCCAUUACAACCAGGUGAGAAAUACUAAAUAUACUGAUUUUCUUUGUGUGCUUUACCCACGAGCGACCUACCAUUAACAAACCUGUUUAUGUGGACUGCAACUCCAUGAGGGCACAGAUAGCCCACACUCCAAUAAGUGUUAAUUCCUGGUAUAAAGUAUUCUUGUUGUUUUCUCUGUAACAAUAAUGUUGUAGAGGCAAACAAUGUUUAUAAUAAUUUUGUGUUUGUGGACAAAUCACAAUUAAUGUCACAUGCAUAAUUCAAUAAUAAUUAAAGGAACACUAUAGUCACCUAAACAACUGUAGUUUAAUGAAGCAGUUUUAGUGUAUAGAUCAUGCUUCUCAGGUUUCACUGCUCAAUUCACUGCCAUUUAGGAGUUAAAUCACUUUGUUUCUGUUUAUGCAGCCCUUGUCACACCUCCCCUGGCUCGGAUUGACACAGACUGCAUGAAAAAAAAAAAACUGGUUUCACGUUCAAUCAGAUGUAAUUUAUCUUGAACAAUUUUAUCUCUUGCUCUGUAAAUUGAACGUUAAUCACAUACAGGAGGCUCUUGCAGGGUCUAGCAAGCUAUUCACAUAGCAGGGGAUAAGAAAAUCUAAAUUAAAUAGAACUUGCUAUAAAGAAAGGAUAAACUUUAGAUGAAUUUUUACAGGAAGUGCUUAGGAAGGCUGUGCAAGUCACAUGCAGGGAGGUGUGACUAGGGUUCAUAAAGUGAUUUAACUCCUAAAUGGCAGAUAAUUGAGCAGUGAGACUGCAGGGGCAUGAUCUAUACACCAAAACUGCUUCAUUAAGCUAAAGUUGUUUUGGUGACUAUAGUGUCCCUUUAAAAUAAUUGCUGUCCCUGUAUAUAUAUAUAUUAUACACACACAAACAAUUUAGCUAUGCUUUAACAUCUACUUUUUGUAUAAAAGAAAUACAAUUCCAUUGAAAGCCAAGCAAAUUCCUGGCUAGCUUCCUGGCUUAUUUGAGUGUAGUCAUGUGAGAAUUCCAGAGAAAUGGUAGAUAUUCCUGCACACUAUUAUACUUCCAGUUGAUACCUACUAUUGCUUUUUCCUAGACAUUUGUGAGAUCUAUUUAAGCAGAUCUACAGGAUUAUUCAUUAAACUCUGAAUUACAGUAAUGUGAAAUGCAAACAGCAAAAUGUAAGUGUAAAGCUUGUUUGGAGAAAUUGUUCAAUUCAAGUAUUGUCACCAUUUGGCUUUCAUUUCACUGCAGUUUGGAGUUUUGUGUAUAAAAGUUCUGGGAUCAGAUUACUUGAAAAGUUAUUCACAAAACUACUAACAGCAGCAAAAUGGAAUCCCUUUAAAAACAUUUGGGCUAUGAUUUAACGAGUACGAGUUUAGACUCCCUCGAUGUGAGCGUUUGAGCACUAUGACCUGAAUUUAAUAUUGUUGGAGAACAUUUCCAAAUGAUUCAAUAUUUUUGGAUAAACUUUUCAAAUUACUUUUUCAACAUGUUGAAUUAUCAAAACAUAUAUUUAUCAAAAAAAAUAUCAAUACGUCAAACAAUAUCUAAACAUUUAAAAAAUAAAUAAAUCUAUUUUUCAUAAUAUUAAAUGGUGUUAAAAGUUUUCCCAAAAAUAUCAAAUUAGGGAAACGUAUCAAGCAAUAUUAAAUCGAGACCAUAUAUUAGAUCUUAUUUUAGAGGAGCACUGACCGAUGUGUCUAUCCAGGAUUUCUGUUUACAGAGCAUCAUAGAGGUUACAUUGUUCACACCCUAUUCUAGAGAAUGUAACUAGAUUUUUAUUUUUUUUACAGCCAACUGGGCACAGCCUACGUCAGUGCGACAACAGGUGCUGUUGUUACAGCUCUAGGUCUUAAAUCAUUGACAAAGGUAAAUCAUUUAUUGUUAAACUUAAUUUAUUUUAAAAGUGAUGUUUGAAUAAUGGAAAAAAAACAAGAUUAUGUAUAACCAGGCUCAUCUACUAAACCAGUGUUAAUUUUGGCGGCAAAUUUCAAUUUAGUUUUUGUCAUAGUCUUUUGACUAAAAAGCCAUUUUAGUUUUAGUUGUAUUUUAGUUAUCUGAAUUGUUUAGUUUUAUUUGAUUAAAUAUAAAAAAUAUUAGGCGACUAAAAUUUGACUAAAAUGAUUAAUUGACAAAAUUAGCACUGUACUAAACACCAAAAUAACGUAAAUUGACAUCUGAAUUGGAAAAACGAAUUUGCUGACUUGGGAAAAUUCUCCAACUCUACGAUAGAAAGAUUUUCUUUGCCAGUAAUCCAUUCUAGACAUUUAAUGGCUUCAAAUGGGAAACCGUUAAAGAAAGUUAGAAUAUUAUUCCAUUCGCACAGUCAGGGAGAGGAGUAAAUGGCAUCUCUCAUUUCCCAUUGGCUAAUUUAGAUCACGUGAAAUAUCAUGUAAAAUAUUGUAAAAUAUAAGAUGCUAUAUCUUGUUUAAAGUGUUUUAUUACCUCAAUAUGUCCAUAAAUUUUUUUUUUUUUUUAAAGUGUACAUAUGUUACGGUACCCUCAGCAUGAAAUGUACAAACCGCCGUUUAGUGAAUGCUCCCCGUUCACAGUAGCAUAGGCUUCAUGCGUAUCAGGUACAAUCAUGCGAACCGCAAGCAAGGUAACACUGCAAACUCACGAACGGGAUCCGUACGGGCACUUCACUCCACGAGCUCCAAACUCACGAAUCGCCAAUAUUAGCCGAACGCAUAUAUCUCCCAAGCGGCUAAUAAUCCCAUCCGGCAGUCUCUAAUCGUCGGUAAUAAAUCCCCCCAAUGAUGAGACCUAGCUCUGCAUUGAGGGUAAAACAAGAACUGGCUUUACUGUGGGCUUACCCGUAUUUAUGCAGGUCUCCCACUUGGUGGACACUCCCCUAGGGGACCAAAUGGGAGACUGUAACAACAGACAGACAUAUGGCAAGUCAGGAACCACAGACACAGAAUAUUCCCAGCAUGCAUUAGUAUUUCCUCCCCUCUUCCCUGGAGAUAAUUGAGAAGUAAUUCAAUUAUCUCCAGGACAAGGACAAAUCGCCAUUUUAAAUACAAUAUAGAAAAACACAUAAAAAUAUAUAACUUUGCUUCUGUCGAAUGCUACCCAUUCGUAUCACAUUUCCCCAGAUAGCCUGGAUCUGAGUGUACAUUAUUGGCGAAUAGCACUCAGAUCCCAUACGCAUAAUUCAAUCGCCAUGGAGUCAAAGUCUAUUACAGUCCUUCGGUAUGCGAUUGACUCCAUGGGAAGGCUAUCUGGGGUAAGUCCAUUCGAAUGUUUAAACCUCCCGAACGGCCGGUGUUCGCAUCCUUCUGUCGAUUGAGAAGGGGAGGUCGACGGCUUCCGCGGUGUUCGGCAGAAAGAGUGUCCGUUUUCAGUUCCAUGAAAUGUAUGCCGAACACCGCUGGUCUUUCGCAUGUUUUAAAAUGGCCGCCGCCUCGUGGUCGACAUACGAACGACGACCACCCGGUAUUCGGUUCUUAAUUGAGAAGUGUCUGCGGUUAACCACAACGUUCUAAUUGGGAUCAAUAGGUUAACCAGCAGCACACUUCUCUUCUGGGUGGCCGUCCGUUCGGUAGGUUCAUCAGCGGAAAAAGUCAAUUCACUGAACAGAGGCAUACGAAAGGGUAAUUCCACGCGAAGGCAAACAGACGAAUCCAGCAACCAGUCUCAACACAGAUGGAUCUGUCACAACAUACAUUUGAAUUUUUUUUGCUUUUCUAAACGGCACUCGAUAGUCAAUAUUAUUGUUUUAUGAUAUGAUAACUAUGCAUCCAGUGUGUUAAAUGUUAUGCUGAGACUUUUGAAAAACAAAAUAAAGUCUAAAUACUAGCUGUUCAUAUAGCAGCACGCACUGUAGGCGGGAUAACAUGCCGUAAUUCACUUUGCACACACAUGGUAAAUGUUUCACACUAUUUUAUAUAGAUAACAGAUUGGGGUAAAAUCAGAGUUAAUUUAAAUAUUCAGAAUUGGAAUUGUUAGUUGGUGAUUCCCAUAUAACUUGUUCUGUGUAACUGGAAUGAUAAACAUAUUAAUUUACCCAUCCCUGUGACACAGAACACAUGAGGAUGAGUGCAACGUUCCGUUCCAGAAACAUUUUGUAUUUACUUUGAUUUCUGCCGUUAUACUGGAAAGACGAGACAGGGGGGAUAUGAUAGAAACAUUGAAAUAUAUAAAGGAAAUCAAAACAGUAAAGGAGGAGACUAUAUUUAAAAGAAGAAAAACUACCACAACAAGAGGACAUAGUCAAAUUAUAGGGACAAAGGUUUAAAAAUAAUAUCAGGAAGUAUUACUUUCCUGAGAGGGUAGUGGAUGCAUGGAGUAGCCUUACAGCUGAAGUGGUAGAGAUUAACACAGUAAAGGAGUUUAAGCAUGCGUGGGAUAUGCAUAAGGCCAGGGACUAAUGAAAGUAUUUAGAAAAUUGGGCAGACUAAAUGGGCCGAAUGGUUCUUAUCUGCCGUCACAUUUUAUGUUUCUAUGUCUUUCUAGCGUUUACCUGCCCUGAUCGGCAGAUUUGUACCAUUUGCCGCUGUUGCAGCUGCCAACUGCAUCAACAUCCCAUUAAUGAGACAGAGGUAAGUAGAUUGCUUCUAUAAAUAUUAAUAUCAUACUUCCAGAGAUCAAACAGGGUAGUAAGUAGCAAUAACCCAAACUUUUCUGGAAAGAUUCUAUAUAACAAUAAUAAGAGGGCAUAUACAAUAUUUUACACACAACAGCAAUAUAGCCCCUUAAGAACAAAAGAUUUUUUGAGAUGCGAUACAUUUGUGACCAAGGACUUUUUUGGCACUUUUGCCAUUUGUAUAAUAUAUCAUAUGUGUGGAUUCACUUAGAGGUGAGACAUGGCCUUCUUUUGAUACACUAUAUCAAAUUAUCCUUUAUCUGCAUUAAAAAAAAUGAAAAAGAGGCAAAAAUAAAUAAAUAAAUAAAUAAAUAGUUAGAACAGGUCAAAUUGUCUGCAUUUAGGGCAGAUAACCGCAAAAUCGAUGCUACGUUUAACACAUGUUUACUUUAAUUAGAGAGUUGAAACACGGAAUCCCCAUUACAGAUGAAAAUGGAAAUCGACUUGGAGAGUCUACGAAGGCCGCCCAGCAGGCUAUCGCCCAGGUGGUGGUAUCUCGGAUUGGCAUGGCAGCACCGGCUAUGGGUAAGUGCAAGCAGGAAUAAGAGCUGAUGGCAGCCUAAACAGAUUGAUUUCUGUACCAACCCUACGACUCCCUAUCUACGCAUAAUAAACCCAACUGAUUGUAUCUCUGCUAGAGAAUCUGAACAUGCGCGCUAAGGCUCAACCAAUCUCCACCUCAGGGUCUUACUGGGUUAUUUACUAAAGAUAGAAUUCAAAGUGAAUUUAAAAUUUAAUGACAGAGUGGCUGAGUUAAAAGCAUCGGUGACUUUUUUCCCCAGUUUGGCUUUUUUCACCUUAAAUUAGCACUUACGCAAGGCUGUAGAUUGUGAUCUUGUAUAAGAGUUACAGUAUGACUUUAUGAAAAGAAAUAUGUCAUCUGCUGAUUAUAAAUCCACAAACCUAGUUUUUUUUAUUUAUUUUUUUGUUUAUUGGUAAAUUAAAAACGAUGGAAAGAUAUUACUUCUCUGUCCUGCGUUAAACACGGUCUGCAGUAAGAGAUUGAUAAUUUACAAUCUCGCUUACACAGAACUGAUGUACACACAAAUUGUUUUCAGAAAAAAAAAAUAUUCUAUAAAAGUAAAUGCAGUUAUCAUUUGGUUACACACCGUAAUCUACAAAACAAAUCUCUUUCUGAUUUCCGCUUAAAAGUAUACAUUUCAUCAAAUACCCACAGAAACAGAUUUGUGAUAUCACUAGAAUAAAAGUUCUUCUCACUUGUACCCAUAGAAUAAAUGGAUACCCUUCUUCUCUACAGUUAUUCCCUUUAUGGUACAUUAGCUUUCAUGUACAGUUACUUACAUUUUGAAUCCUGUAAAAUUAUAUAUACGUUGUUAAACACAGAUCUGCACACCAGUCAAGCCAUAAUACUUGCUUUUCCCACAGAAAUCUCAAGUUUGCAGUGAUGUUACUACUGCAAGGGAUUCUGGGUAGGCAUAUGCAAAUUAGUUCAAUAAUGAAGCACCCUUUUGCCUCAUUAUUCCAUUUUAAACAUGGAUUCCUUGGAGUCUGUGUUUGCUGUAUACAACAGCUUUGAAACACAAGUCAGGAAGAGGAGCAAAGCCAUGUUUUAUCGCCUUUCAUAGUUUUCCCAAAUAUUUUGCAAGGACAAUAUUUGGAUGAGCCAAUCUACCAAAUUAAUGGCUAUCAGACCACUUGGACUAAAUUAUAUUUUUGGAUGAAGUGAUUCAGCUGAACUAAUUUUUGAGUAGUAGAUAAAAGGUUAUAUUUUAUAUUUUCUGGCCAUUUAUGUGCACCAUGGAGAGUUCUUAAAAUGUAAUCUUGUUGAUGGAAAGGAAUUUAUGACAUUUGCCUGAUUCUGCUGAAAAUAUCAACCAUGACUUUACAGAAUGCCAUUUUUCCUAAUCACAUUCUGGAGCUGAAUGUUUGACAUUUAACAGGGUACAAUGUAAUUACGGUUCAUUUCUUUGACUCUGUGGUAAAGCCGGUCUUGAAAGCGUUGUGUUAAACGUCUUACCAGAAUGGUAUUUCUGAUUAAAAAUUGUUUUGUAGACCGCAUUCUGAAGCCAUUUUUACUUCAUAUCACAGAAUUAGAUAAGUAUUUCCUCAAUAAGAUAAAUUUAGUAAAAGAUGAGGUCCACACCGAUGUAACAUCCUUUGUCCCCAAAACACCAAUAAUGCAUCUGUCUGUGACUAAAGUGGGCAGUAGCGAAUGACACACAAGCUUGAUUAGUCAACAUUUGGUUUGUGCUAUGAUAGAGUUUAACUCUCACCACUUGUUUAACUAAACAAUACCUUUCAUUAGUGAGGGACCUUGUACCUCCAUUUAUAUCAAUUCUCUGCGAGAUAACAUCUUAGCUAGAUUUACUAAUGUAUGAUGGUCAUCCCAGUAGUGAAUGGAGACUUUCACGAUGUAAACAAGUGCACUAACAAAUAAUUUUGUAUCAGCACCAUUUCAGAUACAAAUGAGAAAUGAUGUCAUUCUAAAAGUUAAUUUUGGAUUUUUUUUUAAACAUAUGUCACAUGUUGAGGACUGUGAUUAAUAGAAUUCUAAAAUAGCCACAUCUUUAUAAAUGAAAAAUCUCCUAAAACCAAUAACCCAUAUCAUUACCCCAAUCUUUAUGCAUUACCCAUCAGUCAUUUAUAGCACCUCGUAAAAAAAAAAACUGCAACUGUCAUCAUUCUCAACCAGAUUCUACCCAGUUGAAAAUUAUGGUAGGUCGGUCCAUCAUCAUUUUUAUUUUACAUCUAAUUUUGUUUCACAUUUCAGUACCAUUCAAGUACCAUUCUAAUUUUGAGGUUUCAGAAUGUACCCCAUAACUGUGCAGUCACCCUCUGGUAAUUAUUGGAGACAUUGUCCAAAGCCAAGUUUAGGAUCAAUGUGCCAAGCUUAGCUGGCACUUCAUUAAUAACUUGUUAGGAAACCUACAAUGACAACUGCACCAAUUCAACCACUGUUACGGGGCUGUGGUGACCAUAUGGACGCCUCCGCAUCAAAUCAGGAACUUCAAUCCAAAAGCGAUGUAGCUGCAUUAACUUCCCAAGUUGUCAUUACUGGGACUGCAAUAGGAGUACAGCCACAUUGUCAAUCACAUUGGGUAUUAAGGGCCCUAACUCAUACUAAAAGAGUUGUGGUGGGGAAAAAAGUAUGGAUGAAGUAAGUGGAUAGUUAUUACAUUGCUAAACACAAAUACACAGUCAGGACCCCAACUCAUAUAUACAGACACAGGCCAAACCAGGCUUUUCCCCUUACUUUAAGUUGCUCCAGUGUUCCUGUCUCCAGACCAGGCUCGGUGUUCAACCUGGAUAUUGUUUAUUAUUUCUUUAUUGCUUUUGCACUCCUCCUAGACUGAAUAUCUUAGCGUAGUACUGAGAUUUCAUAUUUCCCCCUUACCUUUAUUUCUGUGAUUUUAAUAAGACAUAACUGCCACACACAGACGCACACACAAAUAUCAUCAGACCCACAGUUGAACAUGUACACACAGUUAAAUGCAAUCUCACACUGUCAGGCACACACAGCCAGAGAUUCAUGCACACUUUGUCAAACAGACACACAGGCACACACACAUACAGUCAAACAGACACAACCAGACCAAUAAGUGUUACAGGGCCCAAUGCUGGCCACUUGAAGAUUACUGCCUAUAACCCCUUGAUGGUGGCCCUGAUCUCGACAGUUCUUUCAUAUCAUUGGACCUUAAUAUGUUCAUGAAUUAGACGUAUAUAGUGUUUUUAGAAAGCUUAAUCAUUUGUCGUAUUAAUACAGGCUUUCCAGAGUGUAAUUUUAUUUAUUUUAUUUAGCAAUCCCCCCAGUGAUAAUGAAUGCGCUGGAGAAGAGAGCAUUUCUGAAGGUAAGAGUUUCCAUUCAUAUUGUUUUAUAUUUGUAUUUCUAUCUAUCAAGAAGCAAAAAAAUGCAAAAUAAGAAUUAAUCUCUUAAAGAAAUUAAAUUCGUUGCAGUAUCUCAAAAUCUAUAAUUAUUUAUAAAAUAUUUUACCAGGAGAGAUACAUUGAGAUUUCUCUCGUUUUCAAGUAUGUCCUGGGUCCACAAAACAUUGCAUUGUUACAUUAUGGUACAAUAAAAUACAUAAACAAUAUUAAUACACAAUAUAUACAAAAUUUAACAUAGAACAGGUAGGAAAUAUAUAAUCAACCAUGACAGGUGCAUUCUGUUUUGAGAUAUGUAGAGGGGGAUCUCUUAAAGGAUUUUAGGCUUGGGGAAGAUUUUAAAGUGUGCGGAACAUCAAACAUUUUAAUAUGUGAUAUUUGUAUGUUUUUGUGAGAUGUGAUAUUUGUAUUGUUUUGUGAAAUGUGAUAUUUGUAUGUUUUUGUGAGAUGUGAUAUUUGUAUUGUUUUGUGAAAUGUGAUAUUUGUAGGGUUUUGUGAGAUGUGAUAUUUGUAGGGUUUUGUGAUAUUUGUAUGUUUUUGUGAAAUGUCAUAUUUGUAAGAUGUGAUAUUUGUAAUCCUCUCUGUUAAUGUAAAGGGAUGAUCAUGUUUGUAUCCGGAUUGUUUAUUUUCAAUGGACCGUGUCAGACUUUUUGUUUUUUGUUAUCUCUCACAGCGUUACCCGAUUAUGAAUGCUCCUCUUCAGGUUGGGCUGGUUGGAUUUUGGUAAGAAACAUACAUGCAUGUUAUAUUUAUAUGUAAUGCAGCCUGAAUUUGACAUUCAUUUUAACACUGAUAUCAGUAAGAUCAGUAAAGUAAAUCAACAAAUACUAAUGUCAGUAAUUAUAGAUGCAUUUAAAACCAAUGUCCUUGGAGUUUCUCUUUCCACCCAGGGGUGACCAACCUUGGCCCUCCUGCUGAUGUUGGAAUAUAAUUCCCCUCACACUCUGCAGGGAGACUGGAGAGCCAAGUCUUCAAAUUUGCCUUUCAAUCAAUCUAGAGGUAGAGAAACACUGGGAUUUGGGAGGAUCCAUUUCAUUAUCAAGUGAUGUUCAUUGGUCGGUAACAAUAAUAAUAACUCUACAUAUGAGUGUUUACACUUUAAAAUGUAGUUUUAUUUAGAACCCAUGAACGUUUAUCUAGCCCAGUGGUAGUCAACCUUUUUCUUCCUACCGCCCACUAAUGCAUCUUUCUUGAUGGAAAAAUGUCCUUACCGCCCACCAGUUUGCGCGCAAGUGCAGAAUAUUUUUUAGAAAGGAGGGUGUUUUAAAUGUACGUACAUUUAACUUUUUAUUUCUACUUAAUGCAUGUUUAUAAUGUUUUUAACUUUAUAAAGUUUAAUGAGAAAACAAUAAAGUAAAUUGAAAUUACCUUUACUAGUGAUUAAUAAGAUCCUUGAGGCUGAUGCUGCGAGACUAAAUAUUUGAUAUCCGGUUCGAUUUCCGUAAGGAACAAACGAAGGUCUCCUCUUUCGGUGAUAUUCAGACGACUUCUCUGUUUGCACAUAAUAUGAUUUCUCAUCUGUGCGUCAGCUCCCCUCCUCUCCCUCCUCAAUUCCCCUCCCCACCUUUUUUUUUUUUUAAACCUUCCUCAUAGCAAUGCCCAGUAGGAAGGCUGAGCUAGGUAGCCCACUUACUAUAGCCCACUAUAACAGACAGGCACACAUACAAGACACACAUACAGACACACACACAAAGACACAUACAUACAAACAGACAGGCACACACAUACAUACAGACACACACACACAGACAGGAACACCCGACACAUACAUACAAACAGGCACACACACACGACACAUACAUACAAACAUACACACAGACACACAAAUAAGACAUACAUACAAAGACACACACACAUACAUACAGACACAUACAUAAGAUACACAUAUACAAAGACACAUACACACACAUACAAAGACAUACACAACACAUACAUACAAAGACAAGACACACACAACACAUACACACACACACACAACACAUACAUACAAAGACAUUAAUAAGACAAUCAUACAUACAAAGACACACACACACACACAGACACACACAAGACAUACAUACAAAGACACAUACAUAAGACACACAUACAUACAAAGACACAUACACACACAUACAGACACACACACAAACAAACACACACAUUAUAUUUAAGUCACCCUCCUGUUUCCUACCUUUAAGGUCCAGGAGGGUGACUUCCCCUGGGGUCCAGUGGUGACUGAGGUGGAUGGGAGUCAGAGUUCCCACUCUGACUCCCCGGUCUUCCUCCCGCGUGGCUCUCAUUGUUAGCUGGGAGGAGUGACGUGCAGUCACCUCCUCCCAGCUCUGUGAUGUAAUCACAGGGGGCCCGGUCACACUGUUAAAGCGCCCAGCACUGACCGGGCCCCCUCACAAUCCACAUCCAUCGGGUGGCCCUGACAGGAUGCGCCACCCGAUGGACCCCUUGGACAGCGGCCCCGGCAGUACCCAGUCGCAGGGGUACCACUGGCUCGCACCCGCCCACCCAAUCUCUCCAAAUGAGGUAAUCCCUACCGCCCACCUGGAAUCCUGAAAUGCCCACUAGUGGGCGGUAGGGACCAGGUUGACGACCCAUGAUCUAGCCAGUCUGUCUACUCUGAAUGUGGGGACUACAACAUGCAGCUUUCUCUGUAUUAUGUAGAUUGUGCAGAGACACUGCUUAAACCUUCUAUAAAAUAGGAAGGGAAUAAUAUAGACAUAGUAACAAAGCCAGCAUGUAGUUCACGGUCUGUUUAUCCAUCAUACAAGGGGACAUGAAGCAGUCUUUAUUAUUUUAUUCCUAUCCCAAGGUGAGGGUCUAAAGCAGGUCUCUUGGUACUGUACCCUAGCGGCAAAUUAUGAAUCUUCUGUAUUUGAAUAUUAUAAACUUUCUAUAGAGCAACAGAUGUAUAGAUAUAAAAUAGAAACCAACAGCAAGACAACUUACCCGCUCACCACGCUCGCUCUCUGUAAAGAUUCGGUCAUAGUCCGUGCUUUUCAGGCAAUUUGGCCGAGCCCGCUUGAAAAAAGAAAAUGUUAAAUACAUGUAAUUCAACUUAUCACACAUCCCCUCCACUAUCACUACUGUUGACCCAAAAGAAGACAGAAAGAAAAUCUAUGAGCCCUAGAGAGGGUGUAACAGGUUUGUGGUGUAUGAUCACGAGCAGUCGGACUCUUAAUUCAGAGCUCAACGUCCGUCAUAUUCUGAAAGGCACUCCGGAAUCAGAGACCUAAAAAUAAUUCAUUUCUAUAAAAUACUUUCAGUUUUUUGUGCGCCCUUCACAUUCCACAGAAAUUCUGGUCUACCUCACUGUGACUAAUUGUGAAACCCUGCUUUCACCAUCUUCGUAUGGUUCAUGUGAUUGUAUUGUAUUGUUGGGAAUUGAAACCCAAAUUGCACAUUUUAGGCAAUCAGAAAUUAACUAUAAAUGACCCAAUAACACUAGAAUAACAUUGGAAUUUGUUUUUCUGUAAUUUAGGGUUUAGUGAAAACCCAUUUUGUGUUUAUUAAAGUACAAUAAUUACAUAAAUCUGGGACUAUUUUAAAUGGAGAGUUAGAACAGAUAGCAGCAACUACUCAUUUCUAACAAACGCUGGAAAAAAUAUAUAUUUUUAAAAUGUUUUUACUAUUUUAUUAUUUCAGUUUGGUAUUUGCCACUCCUCUGUGCUGUGCACUCUUCCCACAGAAAAGGUAUGUGAGAAGACAAUUUACAUUGACUUGAUAUAAAUAUUAUUUACAAAUGCCAGAAGGAAUUAGGGAGUCCAUUAUUUGCUAUUAGAAUAAUUCACUACAUUUUGGAUUUUUUUUUCAUUUGCGAAAACAAUGUUUUUAAGGUGCACGGAACAUUGUGAAAUAGUUUCAGACUUUUUUAUUUUUUUUUAAACUUAAAAUACACAAAAUCUUGUGGUCAGGUGCCUUAGUGGUCAGGAGAGGGAGGUUAAUGUCGGCUUAAAGGACCACUAUAGUGCCAGGAAAACAUUCUCUUUUUCCUGGCACUAUAGUGCCCUGAGGGUGCCCCCACCCUGAGGGGUCCCCUCCCGCCGGGCUCUAGGGGGUAGAAGGGGUUAAACUUACCUCUUUCUCCAGCACUGGGCGAGGGGACUCUCCUCCUCUUCCUCUCCUCCUCCUCGGCUGAAUGCGCAUGCGCGGCAGGAGCCACCCGUGCAUUCAGCCAGUCCAUAGGAAAGCAUUAUCAAUGCUUUCCUAUGGACGCUGGCGUCUUCACACUGUGAAAUCACAGUGAGAACCGCGGAAGCGCCUCUAGCGGCUGUCAGUGAGACAGCCACUAGAGGCUGGAUUAACCUUAUUAUAAAAAUAGCAGUUUCUCUGAAACUGCUAUGUUUAUUGCAAAAAGGGUUAAACCUAGCUGGACCUGGCAACCAGACCACUUCAUUAAGCUGAAGUGGUCUGGGUGCCUAUAGUGGUCCUUUAAUUUACAAAUGUAUGACAUAUGUAGAGAAGGGUGCAAGGUUUGGAAUAUGUGUAAGAUCAAAUGAGGGAGUUGCAAAAAAGGUGAUAAUUUUAACAUACUUUCUCUUGAUUCAUGCCUUUCUUUGAAGUUCUGCUUGAGCAAUACAUGGAUUGUAUAAUACAAUACCAGCCCUAAGUAUUGAUACAAUGUUCAGAUGCCACCAUGUUCCUUUAACUUUUCACUACCAAGCCCUGUUUAAAACAAUGAUUGACAGAUAGCCAAGAUGGAGGUGCCUAGUUGUAGGACAGAUAUAGUUCAUUUAAUUUUUCAACUUCACAAAUAGACAUUUGUUAAAAAUAGAAAUAAGUUAUCAUAAUAUUUAUAGAUUUGUGUAAAUUAUCAUUCCCCUCUAAGAUUUUAUGAAUGAAUAUGGAAUAUAUGUGUUUAUAAAUAACAUUAGUGAGACUACCAAGCAGUGUUAUCAGACUACUCACACCGUUAUUAUUCUCCGCAGCUCAAUGAGCGUAUCGCGUCUGGAACCUGAGGUCCGUGCCCAGAUUCUCAAGAAAAACCCUGGCACACAAGUUGUAUACUUCAACAAGGGGCUUUAACCUUCACAAUCAGUCAGUACACUCUGCGGAGACAAUUCAGAAUAUUAUUUUCACAGUAUAUGUGAAAAAUAAGUAGAACAAAAUUUGACCUUUAUCUGCUUUUACAAGGCGUGUACAUGUGUUUUCUUUUUUGGGGGGGGGGGAGGAAGAGUAUGGUAGAAUCUGUAAAUGGCUUCCAGGUCUCAUUUAUGACUUCAAUCUUAUUGAUACAGGAAAGACCAUUUUGCUGCUAUUUCAUAUACUUACCCAGCAGCCUUUUCAAAAAACUGUUUAACGUUCCAUUGUGAUAUACAUACAAAAUGGCUGCUGACCCUAUAGACUGGAUUUACUAUUGUGUCUAGUAAACUCCUGAGCCCAGCAACAUUAAGGUUAUUGUGAAUAAAUAACUGUGGGUGGUGUUAAACGAUACAUCAUGGAAGAUCAAAACCUUUUUUUGUAAUUAAAAUGUGCUGCACACAUUUUUCUUAAGGUGCCCUUUUUAGAGGAGUUGCCUGGUCACCUCAACAAUGGUUUCUCCAUUACACAACAAACCCGUUACUUAUUAAGUGUUUUAAUACUCUGUUUUGCACUCCUGCUUGUAUAAUGGGGGACUGUGGUGAGUCACUUGCAUUCCUUGUCACCGUAAAUAAUGGUGAUAAGUGGGGUUCUCCUCUGCUGCUAAUCUGAUUUGUACUUUAUCUCUGGGUGUAUUCUAGAGUGUUCUCAGGUAUUACUAACCGCAGUAUAUUACAGUAAUGGAUAAGCCGUUACUGGCAUUAUGGGAAUGAUUAUGCCAAGUUUAGCAGUUACUGGCUUGCGGUGUGUCAUUAUAUAGUGGUAUAAUCUGUUACCAAUGAGAAAUCACUACAUUCCAACCACUAACACCAUCUUGAGAGGAUAUGCCACCAUUUUAAGCAGGGAAUGUAUAACUGGGUACAAAUAUAUUACUAAAAGUAUAUUGUAAGAUAUAUAUAUAUAUACACACAAAAACAAAAAGGUUAUGGUGGGGAAAAAAAUGGUUUGCUAUUGAGGCUUGGUAGUGCUUGGGAAGCAGAAACCAAAAAGGACUACCAAGCCUCAAUAGCCAGCCAGUUACCAACCUCAUGCUGAUGAUUUACAUUAACAAAGAAACAGCUGUCCGUGAGUAGUUCCCUGUUUCAAAGCCGUUGUAUACAGCAAACACAGACUCAAAGGAAUCCAUGUUUAAAAUGGAAUGAGGCAAAAAUGUGAUUCUUUGUUAAACUAACUUGCAUAUGCCCACCCAGAAUCCUCUGUGGUAGUAAUAUCACUGCAAAUUUGUGAUUUCUGUGGGAAAAACAAGUCUUACGGCUUGACUGGUGUGCAGAUUAUUGUUUAACAUUGUAUUAACUAUAUAUAUAUACACACAUACACACACACACACACACAUACAUUCUCUAUGUGCAGAACUAUAAUUGGUGGCAUGAUAGAGUAUAUUGUCACAAGCACAGUAUUUGAUAGAGCUAAUGUAUUCUAACAAAUAAUUCUAUAUGGUGCUGUCUGAAAGGAAACACAUUGAUCUUCCAUUUGUAUAUUUCUUUAUUGCGGUUUUUAUGUUACUUUAUCACAUUUUCCCGAUGCCAUAAGUCUGUUUCGGUAACACCUUCACAUGUAUAUUUAUAGACAAGCUGAUAACUAUUAAAGGAGACUUUGUUUUUAUUCUUCUACUAGUAAUAAAGUGUAAGGCAGCACACCUCAAGGUGGGAAGGGGUUCCCUCUUGAUACCCCACAAUUUGCAGGAAAAGAAAGGAAAAGAGAACAAGGUUGCGCCUGAUAGAAAUUGGAAUAUACCGGAAUUAUGAAGAUAACCGGAAUAAAAUAUCCAAUAAAACAAAUAAAAAUCAAAUAGAAUGGUUUAAAAGAGAGUAUAAAAGUCUUGAAGGGAACAGCCAAACUGGGUUCUUAUAAUUCCAGAAGUAUAUAUUUCUCACUAUAUACUGUACCAUCAGAGUCUUCUCUCUUAUGUCUUACAUGUACUUCUGGAAUUACAAGAACCCAAACUCCAAGAACUUUUGAUUUUAUCCAGUUUGGCUGUUCCCUUCAAGACUUUUAUAUUGUCUUUUAUACCAUUAUAUUUGAAUUUUAUUUGUUUUAUUGGAUAUUUUAUCCUGUUAUCGUCAUAAUUCUGGUAUAUUCCAAUUUCUAUCAGGUGCAACCUUGUUCUCUUUUCCUUUCUUUUACUGCAAAUUGUGGGCUAUCAAGAGGGAACCCCUUCCCACCUUGAGGUGUGCUGCCUUACAAUAUAUUACUUAUUUUUGUGACCUUAUUCAGCGCUGAUCUUUCUGUGACAAUUCUCUAUUGCUAUUAAAUGGUACUGUGCUAGAAAAAAGUGGAUUUAGACAGUCUUACAGGAGCUGUACCUGGCAAUGGUGGACAUAUAACUUCAAGACAGUAGUUUUAGUUGAACCCACAGGACCUGAUCGCUCUGGAUUAGAAGAUCUGUAUUUCUGAUACUGAUCUUUUUCUUCUGAUUUGAUACAAAUUACUCUCUGUUCACCCAAAACACUAGAUGAAGACUUCAUCCCUGAAUGGUCAAUAGAAGUGGAAUAUAGGAGGGCAGAGUUCUCCUAAAUUUCCGAAUGACAGAACACACAAACAUUUGGCAGAGUCCAGCCAGUUCUUCGCCAACCCAUUACAGGUGAUUAACAUUCUCCAGCUUACCUGAUAACUGAAAUCAUAUGCCAGGUAGCUUCGUAAUAAAGUAACAGUCAUGGAGAGUUUGAAAGAACUGACUUAUCUUCAGUGGAUCAUUUCAACAUGUAUUGAUAAAAUGCCAACUAUAAUGUGUUGGUAGUAUUGCUUCAAACAGCAGAGCGGCUUCAGCAGAUUCCGGGUGGAACAUCUGAGAUCGCUGUCCAGAAGAGUGCAGUUCUAGAACAUCUAAGAUUCUGUGUAGAACCCUCAGACUGCCAGGACUCUGGUACAGGACACCAGAAUGAAGUAUACUCAAAAUACCACCCGAGGGGUGAGAACGUAUAUUUUAUGUAUAGAGCAGAAAUUACUGCACUGUUAUAAUAUAUAUUAUAUAAUAUAUAGAUUAUGUAUAACAGACAUGACAUAAAAAUAUAGUGUAAAAUACAUUUAGCUAUGCAUUGGUACAAAAGGAUAGAGGGCACUGGUCUUUUAAGCUUACAAUUUAGUAAAAGGCAGUAUGAAAAACACUUUGGGUACAACAUUGGAGUGAAAAGGGACCAGAGCCAGACUUUAUCUUAUACAGUAUGAAUGUCCUGGAAGCUCUGGCUGUGCCCACCAGCAUCUGAGCCCCUGGUACAUUCAGAGCAGGAUUAACCAUAAAGUGACUCUAGGCAGCUGCCUAGGGCCCAGGAGUUUGAAUGGGUCCCUGGAUCCAUAAAUUUGCAUGGCUCCAUUCACCAUCUCUAUGUGAAGAAUGAAGGAUCGGGGGACCUUAAUCUGCCUAAGGCCCUUUGGGAUCAUAAUUCUACUCUGGGUGCCAAAUGCGUAACCUGGCUUUGGCUAGAUGUCUGCCCACCCUGACAUCAUGAAGGCACCUUUUUUCCUAGCAGGUGUCCACAUCGCAUGCACUCACUACCAAAAGACUUCUACAGGCUCUCUUGUAGCUUUCUAUUAGAUAUUCUGUAUAGCUGGACUGUGCAUGUGCAGUCUUGAAAAAACAUAAAUUGUUUCUUUAAGUUUCAUUAACUGAACUUUUAUUUAACAAUGAAUACCCAAAGUAGAUUUCAGAGCACAAGGAUUGGCCAAGACAUUUCAGCCAUAUCCCAGAUUACUCCAAAUCAUGUUGAAUUGCAGGAAAUAUAGGUUUAAAUAUUUUUCAUUUAUUUUCCAUUGUUUUCCCAUUUAUUUAUUAGAUUAUCCCCAUUGUAUUUUAAAAUAAUGUGGGUAGGUCAUCUCCACCCUGUGACGUGCCUUUAUCUCAAGCAUAUUCUGCCUCGUUUUGUAGACCUCUUACCUUUACAUAUCAUCUCUUGUACUUGAUAACAUAUUACUUGUAAACUAUAAAUUCUGCUAUAAGGAAAUGAACAGAAUUGACAGCUUAACCCGGCCUCUGAUUGCAGUUUGAUAAUGCUCUCCCUAAACUGUCAUUUUGUUUUUUUAUUUUAUAACUUCAUCCAUUCUAAACAAUGGCAUAAAACAAUCCCUGAUUGUAGACAAUUAUAAAUUAAUAGCAAUAACUUGGAAAUCUAACCAUCUAUCAGCCAGUUACAAAAGCACUCACAUCUAAUUAGCACACAUUAUUUCUCCAUUAGUAUUCAGAAAGAUUAAUGUAUUCAUGCAUAGUUAAUGAGAGAUUAUUUACGUUGAGCUAUUUGUUUCGAUAACAUAUUUAUACAUAUACCUUGGGUCGUUACGAAAGAUUUUUCUCGUUAUGGUUUUGUUUUUCCCCAUUGAAUAAAUAUUAAAGUUAUAUUUUAAACACGUUUGAAAAAUAACAAUCAUACAAUAAACACUAUUAAAAAGCCUUCAGGUGCACAAUAUUUUAUUGCCGAGAGCUAUAAAUAAUCUGAAAUCAAAAAGGCAACACUGAGUAUUUUACAAAUGUGUCUGAGGAUGUCUGUUUAUACAUUAAAUUACCAAUAAAAGCUCUGUAUACAAUGUUUGUUUCUCUUUUUUGAACCUUUCAUUUUUCAAAGUAUUGCACACUAUAUAAUCCCACCCCUGUAAAACCAUCGUUGUGGAGAGUUUAGUAGCAGAGUGUAAGAGCAGAG